AUGACUGAAUACAGUUCUUAUAGAUCAAACAUUCGUUCUAUUCAUUUAAUAGGUGCUUUGUUGAAUCUAACCAACGUAGGAUUGUGCAACUUCAUCUUAUUCAUUUUUCAAUUACCGAACAACUAUUUCCUGACUAAUCAACUUGUUUAUCUGAACUUACCAUUUCAAACUACUUCUGUCCGUAGUACGAUGUAAGUUUUAUUAUUCAAAAAAUUUACCUUGAGGGAUCAUAAUGCUUUUCUUGUCCAAAUAAUAGUUAAGUGGCUAUUUACACUGAUUUUAUCAGUGGAUG